AUGAAGCGCGCUAAGAAGAACGCAUCCCUCAAACGUCGCUCCCCCCCCAGCAGGCCCGGCCUGUCAGUCGUAACAGGCAGAGGCAGCGAAAACGGGCAGCAAUCCAACGGCGAUAUGAAUUUCAACGUUGACAUGCCGGGGAAGGACAAUUUUGCAACAGAAAGGGCUCGGCCGAUGAAUAGAUCAAGCUUCACCUUCGACGAGGGGCUGCCCACUCCGCGGACACCAGCCAUGGUUACUACGAGUUUCCGCGAUCUGCCCAUACACGACAAGCGGAAUUUUGUGCUAUUAUGUGUACUCUACUUUUUGCAAGGGGUUCCAAUGGGUCUAGCAGGCGGAUCGGUACCUUUUCUCCUCAAACCCUACCUGUCAUACGGCCAAAUCGGCAUUUUCUCCCUCGCGUCAUACCCGUAUUCGUUGAAGUUGUUAUGGAGUCCGAUCGUGGACGCUGUGUGGAGUCGAAGAUUCGGACGAAGGAAAAGCUGGAUCGCACCUAUCCAGCUGAUAUCUGGGUUUUCCAUGUUGUAUCUAGGGAAAAACAUAAAUAAGAUGAUGGUGGCAGCCGGUGAAAAUGGAGGUGCUGGUGUCUGGAGCUUUACCGGUUGGUGGUUCCUUUUAGUAUUUCUGUGCGCGACUCAAGAUAUUGCUGUCGAUGGAUGGGCGAUUUCCCUCCUGUCACCUCAGAAUAUCUCCUAUGCUUCCUCCGCGCAGACCGUGGGGCUCACCGCAGGGCAGUUUCUUUCAUACACGGUCUUUUUGGCGUUGAACUCCAAAGAUUUCGCCAACAGAUGGUUCCGCAGCCAGGAGCAGAGCGUCGGUCUCGUAACCCUGGGAGGCUAUUUAACCUUCUGGGGAUGGUUCUAUCUCAUUGUGACCAUAGCCCUGGCUCUCCGGAAGAAGGAGGAGAAAUCGAACGAUCGCGAUGGCAUUCUUGCCGUAUACAAGAGCAUGUGGGGCGUUCUUAAGCUGAAAAACAUUCACACCAUCAUCAUCGUCCACCUGAUUGCCAAAAUUGGUUUUCAAGCCAACGACGCUGUAACCAGCCUAAAACUAAUUGAAAAGGGUUUCGGUCAGGAGAACAUGGCUCUUGUCGUCCUAAUCGACUUUCCGUUUGAGAUCGGCCUGGGAUACUAUGCUGGUAAAUGGUCCAACAAGUAUACCCCAAUGAGACUUUGGUGCUGGGCAUUUGUCGCCCGACUCUUCGCCGCGCUUCUUGCGCAGGCCGUUGUCAUGAUUUUCCCAAGUGGCGGUGGACCAAUGCCGCUCUGGUAUCUCCUGGCGGUUAUUGGCGAACAUGUCUUGUCCACUUACAUGAUGACUGUCAUGUUCGUAGCCGUUUCAGCCUUCCACGCACGCAUUGCCGACCCUGUUAUCGGCGGCACUUACAUGACCCUUCUCGCAACCGUCUCCAAUCUUGGCGGAACCUUCCCAAAAAUCUUCGUUCUCAAGCUCGUCGACCUCUUCACCCGCGCGACCUGCAUCCCACCCACAGAAACAUCCGAAGGCAUAACAGACCCCAUCACUGCGCCAUUCUCCUGUGCGCUCGAGGCUGACAAGCACCGCUGCGAGGCCGGCAAGGGCGUUUGCCAGGUGUAUCGUGAUGGUUAUUAUACCACCAACAUUUUAUGUGUGAUCAUUGGCUCAGUUACCUUUUUCCUCUAUAUCAAACCAGCUGUACUCAAGGUGCAGCAGCUACCUCUGCGCGCGUGGAGGCUCAGCAGCGAUAGACAGUCCUAG